AUGGCGAGAUCUCUAGAAGGCAAGCUCGGGAUUGUGACCGGUGCAUCUCGAGGCAUCGGUGCUGCCAUCGCCGAGAACCUCGCCUCGAAGGGCUGCAACUUGGUGAUCAACUACACCUCGGCCUCCUCGACCGAGCUCGCCGCCUCCGUGGCCAAGCAGCUCUCCACAACCUACAACAUCCGCGCGGUACCCGUCCAAGCCGACGUCGGCACGCCCGCGGGCGCCACGGCCCUCAUCGCGGCGACGAAGGACAACUUCACCAGCGCCGACUCCCGCUUCCAGAUCGACAUCCUCAUCAACAACGCGGGCAUCGCGCGCAACGGCAUGCUCCCGCAGGUGACGGUGGAGGACUUCCAGGAGAGCUACCGGGUCAACGUGCUCGGCCCGCUGCUCGUGGUGCAGGCGGCGCAGCCGUACCUGCCCAACGACCGGUCCGGCCGCAUCGUCAACCUCAGCUCGGUGUCGUCGUCCAUCGGCUUCGUCACGCAGUCCGUCUACGGCGGCACCAAGGCCGCGCUGGAGGCCAUGACGCGCACGUGGGCGCGCGAGCUGGCCCCCAACGCCACCGUCAACUCGGUCAACCCGGGCCCUGUCGAGGGGCCCAUGUACGCGGCCAACCCGCCCGAGUUCCUAGAGAACAUCGCCGGGUGGGUGCUGCACGCGCCGCUGAUGAGGGCGCGGGAGGGCAUUGAUAGUGCUGAGGUGGUCGAGGAUGCAAAGAAGAGCGGCGGCCGGCCCGCGUACACCAAGGAAGUGGCGGGGAUCGUGGGCAUGCUGUGCGGUGAGGACGCCGGGUGGUGUACGGGGCAGGUGGUGAGCGCCAACGGCGGAAUGAUUAUGCAAUAG